GCGGCCCUUUCCUUUCCUGUACAUCCCCUUCCGCUGCUCUCCACCCACUCCCCCCCGAACCAAACCUCCACGCCUUCCUCGUGCGCGUUCACGAGCCAUGAAUGUGCUUGGGUGCGCGCCUCCGCCUGCGAAGCAUUCAUAAAACGUUGAAAGAUGCUGAAUGCAGCCCUGGAUUCUCCCAGCGCGGGACACGGUUACCCCUGACAACCACGGACGCGUUGUCAUGUCUCACUUCAAACUAAGGAUCACAUUUCAUGGCCCGUGUGAGGGCCUGUAAGAGCCGGGGGAUAAAGGUGCCCAAGUCAAGCUGUGAUUGGCUGUUGUCAAAGUCAGUCAGCGAUCAAUUAAGAUGGACAAAGCGGCUGAAAAGUUAGUGCCAUGGCAACAAGUGCUCAGCAACACGGGACUCAUCCGUGUCUGUAGUCAGUGUGGGGCCUGUGUGUGGGGUGUGUGUGUGUGUGUGUGUGUGUGUGUGUACUCCUGUGCUCUAAGGACUGACAGCAAGCAAACAUGCCUCCAAAGAAAAAGACAAAAAAGACCAUGAAGAAGAUUCAAGAAAGAAGUGACAAUGACUUGGAGGCAAAGUACAGGCGCAGUGUUCUGGAUAUAGCCGUCCUACAGGAUCACAUUGCUGUCCAGUGUGAGUCUGUGAGAACGGUCCAGUCUGAUAGAGUUGACCUGAGGCGACGCAUGAGGGACAUGGAGCAGACGCUGCAGCACGAGAGACAAGACCACAGGGACGUCAACUCUGACUUCAGUCGCCAGUACAAGACCAUGCAGAUAGAGCUGACCAAUAAGGUGAAGAGGCUGGAGAAGGAGGUCAGCCGACUUAAUGAAGAACUUGCCCUGUGUCAGGAGGAACUGAGGAAAGAGAGGAGAGAGCGUGAGCAGAUGGAACAGGAGAAGGACACCGCCAUGAAUGACCUCCAACACAAGAUGGACAACAUGGAAACAGAUUAUGAGAAGAUCCUGCAUGACACUCUGGACAGCCUGACCUCCCAGCUGCCUGUGACUCGACAGCGGCGGGAGGACGAGAGCACAACCCUGCAUCAACAUCACAAGGCCCUGCUCUCCGAGUUUGGCCUGAAUGCACGGGACAUGUAAAAGACACGCUCCUUACAAGUGAAAGGGAAAGCAGCUGCACUUCUCAGAAAUGGUCGUAUCCGCAGCUCGGCUCUAUUUGAUUCGAGCGCUGCCGCUCCGUUUGGCUCAAUCUGAAGUUUUGCAACAUUGCUAACUCACAAUUCAUAAUGCCUUGCACAGAGAUGGAGGUUGUUAUUAAAUAAUAUUUUACCAUCAGAGUACAAAGUAGACUGAGUUAUCUAUGCAUGCAUUCAGUAGUUCGUCAUGUAGUGUUUGUAAUGUUGUGUAAUGCCCACUAGAUGUAGCAAAUGACUGUUUAUGGUCGGGGAGAUGGUGGCCAGUUGAAAUUAGAUCCCCAGACGUUCUCAGAUUGUUGCAGUGUAUAUGUGGUAUUUUAUAUACGUAAAUAGGUUGUUUUCUUUGUUCUUUUUGAGACAAGAUCAUUUUACAAAAGAAUGCAUUUAUGCGAGGAUUAGGUUUAGGAUUAGGAUUACAUUUACACGGUGUGAAAAGAGUGAAAUUAAGAAAGAGUCUAUUGUUCUGUAUAAACACAACACUAAAGGCAUGGUAGCAAAAAUGGCAGUGUAGACACAGGUGAGGUUUUAUGAUGAGUCAGUGCACCAGAGGCCAAAUAUGGAACCAGGCAAGAAAGCAGAAGGCAAAACCGGCCUCAUUGACCACAGAUACGAAAGAGGCAGCGUUACCACCACUGCUUAACUGAAACGCUUGUACUCCUCCACUGCUGAGUUCUCAUUCAACACGUAACUAUGUCAAACAAAAAUAUGAGAAAGGAGAAUAUUGAGACGUAAACAAAAAUAAAAAUGGUCAAUACGGGGUAGACUAACAGUAGACAACAACACGAGAAAGGCAAAAUAACAGUUAAUGAUGCAGGAAAUAUGAUUUAGCCUCACAACAUCGAUAAAACCCAAUUUUCCCUGCAGGGGGAACCAGAUAAACAGAUUUUACUUCCAAGGCUGUCUGUCAUUUGUGUGUCUUUUUCAUGGCCCAGUGCAGUUUUUUUUCAGCCUCUCAUCUGUGAGGAAAUGAAUCAUUUACUCAGGGAUUAAGAUAAUUCUGUGCUCUAAUGACCAAUUAACACAGCAACUAAAGAGACUGAAAACCCAAUAUUUUCUCCUCAAACCACAUGGAGCUGCUGCUGUCAGAGGGUCUGUGUUUCCGUUUGCUUAGGCUUUAAUGGGGUUCACUGCAAUUAUCACAGUUCCCCAAAAAAAUUAGAAAUGCAUCAUGUAGCUGUUAGUUGGGAAGCACAACAUUACUAUGAAAACAACCCUUGUAUGGUAGCAUGUGGUGGAAGAAGUAUUCAGUCAGUCUAAAGGUAUUUACAGCAACAUAAAAAGAGUCCAUUACAUAACAUAAUUAAACUGUAAAUUCUGAUGCACUAAUGUGCACAUAGUAUUUUACUCUUGCAGCUGAAUUUCUCUCCUUUCCUGUGUGAGAGACUGUGCGAGGUCAUCUGAUCUUUGGCAGGUCAGGUCAGUCACUGUCUUUAUAGUCUUAGAUUAUAGUUUAGACAUCUUCAUACUGUGCCAUUCUGUGUCAUAGUCCUAGAUUAUAGUUUAGACAUCCUGAUACCAAGGAGCCAUUCUAUCUGUUUGAUGACGACAUGAUUCUGACUGUUAAAUACAUCACUCAAUAUUGAGCGCCUGCAAUAAAUACUUCUGCUUAAGACA